ACCAGAUUUCUUGAUUUUUGUUCACCAAAUCCAAACCCUUAUCUUUUAUAGGCUCAGCUUCUUGAAUUCUUCGCCAGGCACCCCUAUUCUCAUAUCUUCCGGACUCUUGGUUACAUUAUACAGUACUCCGUUUUCUUAUAUCUUCCCAUAUUUUCUCCAUCUUUCUUCUUGUGUUUUUUUACCUCCGUCUUGCCGCGUUCUUGGUUAGCUUUCUGUUCGAGAAUCAAGAUUUUUCGUCCACGAAUCUUUUUGGUUUGCCUUACAAUAUUUGUUGUAUUUCAAGCAAUUUUCAGGCAUUGAUAGUGGGUAUCUCUUGAUUCUUGAAAGGUUUAUCUCCACUUUCACUUUCAUGGCCAUGUUCCGAAUCUCCCUAAGAGGAAGGUCACUGCAGUAGUUGAAAAAACAAAGUGGGUAUCUGCUAAAAUUAGAGAAAAAGGAUUGAAAAGCAGGGGGUUUUUAAGGAAGAUGAAGAUUCAGUGCGAUGUGUGUGAGAGAGCUCCAGCUACGGUGAUAUGUUGCGCAGAUGAAGCAGCGCUUUGUGCGAAAUGUGACAUAGAAGUGCAUGCAGCGAACAAGCUUGCAAGCAAGCACCAGAGGCUUCUCCUUCAAUGCCUGUCCAACAAGCUGCCUCCUUGUGACAUAUGCCAAGAAAAGGCAGCUUUCAUUUUCUGUGUUGAAGACAGAGCCCUUCUCUGCCAGGACUGUGAUGAACCAAUCCAUUCAGCUGGUAGCCUCUCUGCAAAUCAUCAGCGAUUUUUGGCCACUGGUAUCAGAGUGGCUUUAGGAUCUAGUUGUACCAAGGACACUAAGAAGAGUUGUUUAGAGCCACCCAAUCAGAGUGCACAACAAACUUCCAUGAAAUUGCCUGUUCAACAGCCAUCAAGCUUAAACUCUUCAUGGGCAGUUGAUGACUUGAUGCAGUUCUCAGACUUCGAAUCAACCACUGACAAGAAAGAGCAACUCGAAUUCGGAGAGUUUCAGUGGUUAGCUGAUAUGGGAAUAUUUGGUGAGCAACUUCCUCAAGAAGCAUUAGCAGCAGCUGAAGUUCCUCAAUUAGCAGUUCCACCAUCAGUCAGUGUUAGCUCAUACAGACCUACGAAGUCCAAUAUGCCUACUAAGAAGCCUAGGAUUGAGAUUUCUGAUGAAGAUGAUGAUGAUGAUGAGUACUUCACUGUACCUGAUCUUGGCUGAGAUGGGCCAUAGACUCUAUGGUUUGAAUUUUAUGGUUUGCAAACUGUACAUAGUUUCCUAAGUACAUGCAAUGUAUUUAUGUUUAUUACAAGAUAUGUUGUGAGAAACAUAAAGGUUUGUUUAGGAAAUUUACAUUUUCUAUAUUAUCCGGUAUUACUAUUUUGGUUCACCAGUAUCGUCACUGCUCAUGGUAGUAUAUCAGUGUUUUGAAUGCUCUUUAUGUCACUCUGUCUUGAAUCUUUUUCUUAGUGAUUACAUUCAACUUGCUUGGAUUGUUUA